AUGUCGCCGACCAAAGGCAGGGACAAUCUGGUGCCGCAGUUCACCUUUCACCUGAACCACAAGGUGCUUCCGCGCAGGGUCACCGUGGGAAAGUACGAUGGACUGCACCCGUGCAUCACCGCAGCCACCGCCUCAGACAAGGUGCUGGUGCACAACAACCAGCAGCAGCGCAGUGGCGACCACUGGGAAGGCUGCGGGGACGUGUCCCUGCUGAACGUAAACCAGACGGUGAGCUGUCUGACGGCUGACUGCAUCAAGCCGGGGGCCAAGGAGGACGUCCUGCUGGUGGGCACGCCCACGGCACUGCUCGCCUACGACGUCGAGAACAACUGCGACCUUUUCUUCAGAGAGGUCGCUGACGGCGCCAACAGCAUGACCACGGGAUACCUGGGCACCCUGCGCAACCCCGUGGCGCUAGUGGGCGGCAACUGUUCCAUCCAGGGCUUCGACCACGAGGGAGAGGACGUCUUCUGGACGGUGACCGGCGACAACGUGCGGGCGCUCGCCUUGUACGACUUCAACAAAGACGGCCUGAAUGAGCUGCUCGUCGGCUCGGAGGACUUCGACAUCCGCGUGUUCCGCGGUGACGUGAUCGUGGCCGAGAUCGGCGAGAGCGAGGCCGUGACGGCGCUGUGCCCGCUGACGCUGGACUGCUUCGCCUACGCACUCGCCAACGGAACGAUCGGCGUCUACCGAGCCACAGAGCGCCUUUGGAGGAUCAAGUCGAAGAGUCAAGCGGUGUGCCUGCACGGAUAUGACAUCGACGGCGACGGGAAGCCAGAGCUCAUCACAGGCUGGAGCAAUGGAAAGGUGGACGCGCGCAGCCUGACCACGGGCGAGGUGGUGUUCCGCGACAGCAUGGCGCACGGCGUGGCGGGCAUCGUGCAGGCCGACUACUGCCUGGACGGACGCGAGCAACUCAUCGUGGUCUCGGUCUCGGGCGAAGUCCGUGGCUACCUGCCGGCCUCGGCUGAGCUCCGACAGCAGAUGGUCGACGCCACCUUCGAGCAGGACACAGUGCGCGAGCUGAGCCGCAAGAAACAGACGCUGAUGCUGGAACUGCGCAACUACGAGGCCCAGUCCAAGGACGGCGACCAGCAGUACGGAUCCAUUCCGGCCAACACGCAACUGAAGACACUCCUUGCUAUCAACUCCGGAUCCGACGGCAUCCCGCCUCAUGUCGAGGUGGCCCUGGAGACGAACAACGAGACCGUCAUCCGGGCGGUGAUCCUCUUCGCCGAAGGCAUCUUUGACGGAGAAAGCCUCGUCUUCCACCCGAAGGACGAGCAGGUGCAGUCCGAGGUGAGCCUGCCACUGUGGCCGCCCAAGGACCUGGCCGUCGACCUGCACUUCAAGGUUUUCGUGGGACACCGAGACAGCGACCACUACCACGUGUUCGAGCUGUCGCGGCAGCUGCCCCGCUUCGCCGCCUACCUACUGCUGCCAGAGGGGCCACGUGACACGCCAUUGGGAAGCGUCCGCUUCCGAAUCAACGAAAGGCCACACAGGGUGGCGUCGUGGGUGAAUCAGAACUUCCUUUUGGCCGAGGAGCUGCAGUACCAGGACUCCUUCAGGGUGAGCUUCCUCGCACUGCGAUGCCUGAAGCCGAUCACCAUCGACGUGCAGACUAGCGGGGAGGUGAGCAUCGAGACGGGCCUGAUGGACGUGGCUGCCGACAUGGUGCAGUCGCUAGCCGCGUACCUGGAGAUCGAGGAUCUCGAGUCGAGGGCCCACUUCCCUGACGAGUAUGAACGUCUGGGAUCCUUGGUCGACAAGGUUCGGGAGCACGAGUCAGCGCGGCUCACCAUCUCGGCCAACAUGGCUGACACAGCGAGCAUAGUGCGUGGCCUGCUGCUGCGCGCCGAGGACUGCCGCCUGCUGCGAGAUUACGACGGUAUGCGCCGCUGGUACCAGGAGCUGCAGACGCUAAACCGUGAGCUGUUCAGUGAUCACCGGGUGCGUUGCCAGAGCCACGAGGAGCUGUCCCGCUGUGUGCGCGCACUCAACCGGGGCAUCGAGAGGGCCUCGGCCCUGCGGGUGGGACGAUACAAGGCCGCCACUGUGGCCGCCUGUCACCAGGCCUUGGCGCCAACUGCCGAGGGGGGCGCCCUGCUGCAAGUGCUCAGCCGAGGAGCGACGGCGUGA